AUGUCCAAGGCCUUCGAUUUGGUUGUUAUUGGCGCCGGGUCUGGAGGGUUGGAGGCAGGCUGGAACGCCGCGACUUUGUACGGGAAGCGCGUUGCCGUAGUCGAUGUGCAGACUUCGCAUGGACCGCCGUUUUACGCGGCUCUCGGUGGAACGUGCGUGAACGUCGGUUGUGUGCCCAAGAAGUUGAUGGUCACAGGUGCACAGUACAUGGACCACCUUCGCGAGUCUGCGGGGUUUGGCUGGGAAUUUGACGGCUCGUCCGUUAAGGCAAACUGGAAAAAGCUGAUCGCGGCAAAGAACGAAGCCGUACUGGAUAUCAACAAGAGUUAUGAAGGAAUGUUCAACGACACUGAAGGCCUAGAUUUUUUUUUGGGUUGGGGGUCGUUGGAGUCGAAGAAUGUUGUUGUUGUGCGUGAGACGGCUGAUCCCAAGAGCGCCGUGAAGGAGCGCCUGCAGGCAGAUCAUAUACUCCUUGCCACUGGGUCGUGGCCUCAGAUGCCUGCGAUCCCUGGCAUUGAGCAUUGUAUAAGCAGUAACGAAGCGUUCUACCUUCCGGAGCCCCCCCGCCGCGUGUUGACUGUGGGUGGUGGCUUUAUAUCCGUGGAGUUUGCCGGUAUAUUUAAUGCCUACAAGCCACCAGGGGGCAAGGUAACACUCUGCUACCGUAACAAUCUCAUUCUUCGUGGAUUUGACGAGACAAUCCGGGAGGAGGUAACGAAACAACUCACCGCCAAUGGUAUUGAGAUAAUGACAAAUGAAAACCCUGCUAAAGUGAGUCUCAACACCGAUGGAAGCAAACAUGUGACGUUCGAGAGUGGAAAGACUCUGGAUGUUGACGUGGUUAUGAUGGCAAUCGGUCGCAUUCCCCGCACCAACGACCUCCAGUUGGGGAACGUCGGUGUAAAGCUUACUCCCAAGGGAGGUGUGCAGGUGGAUGAGUUCUCCCGCACUAACGUGCCGAAUAUUUACGCCAUCGGCGACAUCACAGACCGCCUGAUGCUCACUCCUGUGGCCAUCAACGAAGGUGCAGCCCUUGUGGAUACAGUCUUCGGUAAUAAACCACGGAAAACAGACCACACACGUGUUGCUAGUGCCGUCUUUUCGAUACCUCCCAUUGGAACCUGUGGCCUCAUCGAGGAAGUUGCGGCGAAGGAAUUCGAAAAGGUUGCGGUUUACAUGUCUAGCUUCACUCCGCUCAUGCACAACAUCAGCGGGUCGAAGUACAAAAAGUUUGUGGCAAAGAUUGUCACAAACCACAGUGAUGGCACAGUGCUUGGGGUACAUCUUCUUGGUGACGGUGCUCCAGAGAUAAUUCAGGCCGUCGGUGUGUGCCUAAGGCUGAACGCAAAGAUCAGCGACUUUUACAACACCAUAGGUGUCCACCCUACGAGCGCUGAGGAACUUUGUUCCAUGCGAACACCUUCCUACUACUAUGUUAAGGGAGAGAAGAUGGAGAAGCUUCCGGACUCUAACCUGUGA